AUGGUGGUGUUGAGAAACCGCAAAGUAACGAUGGAAUCAAAGCCGACAGAAGCGGCGGAAUCGUCGAACUCGACAGAAGCGGUGGAACUCUCGAAGCUGACAGAAACGGCGUUACAGACGAAGCCAACAGAAGAGGCAGAACUGUCGAAGCCGACAGAAGAGGGGGAACCGACGAAGCCAACAGAAGCGGCAGAACUGUCGAGGCUGACAGAAGUAGCACCGACCGAUGAAUCUCCGCCUAUAGAAGAGACGGAGCCGACAGGAGAGGCGGAAACCGAAGAAGCAAAUCCCAAAGAAAAAGAAGCCCAAACUGAGGAGAAGAUGAGCUCAGAAGAAGAUGAAACAGAAAAAGAAGAAUAG